CACUGUGUUUCCUGUUUGACCGGAAAGUAAAUCGUUUAUUUACGCUUUUCAAGAUGGCGGCGGGAAUGUAUUUGGAACACUACCUGGACAGUAUUGAAAACCUUCCUUUUGAGCUUCAAAGAAAUUUCACACUCAUGAGAGAUCUGGACCAGCGGACCGAGGACUUGAAAGGCCAGAUAGACUUGAAGGCUAAGGAGUACACGUCCAACGCACGGUCUCUGACCUCGGAGCAAAAACUUGCUCUGCUCCGGGACAUACAGCAGUCCUACGGCAAAUGUAAAGAAUUUGGAGACGACAAGGUGCAGCUGGCCAUGCAGACUUAUGAAAUGGUGGACAAGCACAUUCGUCGCCUGGAUACAGACCUUGCCCGCUUCGAAGCUGACCUGAAGGAGAAGCAGAUUGAAAGCACCGACUAUGACUCCACCUCCAGCAAAGGAAGAGACAAGAAACCAUGCUCCUCUAUAACCAUCUGUCUUUCCUCUCUCUGCUCAGGCGAUCUGAGGGGUCCCAAGGAGAAGAAGGUGGCCAGGUCCAGGUCAAAGGUCAAGUCAGACGAGGACUGCAGCCCCAAGAGCGCCCAGAAGAAAGUCAAGCUCACACAGACAGCGGAUGUACCCGCCCCUGUGGUGAACUUCGGGAACGUGCACCCCUCUGAUGUGCUGGACAUGCCGGUGGACCCCAACGAGCCCACCUACUGCCUCUGUCAUCAGGUGUCCUAUGGAGAAAUGAUUGGCUGUGACAACACAGACUGCUCCAUUGAGUGGUUCCACUUCGCCUGCGUAGGUCUGACCACGAAACCCAGAGGGAAGUGGUACUGCCCACGGUGUACUCAGGAGAGGAAGAAGAAGUGAUCUCAGUAACAGAUUGACAUAGUCAGUAGAGUCAACGAUGCCGGUGACCUCCAUGGACACUUUCUAGCUAGAGUCCCUGGUGGUGGAGUAGAUAUCUCUGUAUCUCUGAUCCCACUCCUUCUCUCAGCAGUAUGUUGGACUGUUGUACCACCACCCAGGCCUACACCUUUUCUCUGUCAAACAGAAAGAAGGGAGAAAGGAGGUGUAGCAUGUACACAUUCAAGGUUUUAUCUUUGUUUUGCCUUUUCAUUGUUGCCUUUAUAUGCUUCAUUAUACCACACAACUUAACAUUAUAACAUUUGAAUAUGAAUACAAAAAAGAUAUCAUGCUAAAGUUCUUGCUUCCUAUGAGCAAAUCCUAACAGACUGUUGAGAUUUGAAAGCAGCUUGUUGGAAAAUCUUUUCUCAUGUUGUGUCAUGUGAAACGACAGUCCAACUGAGCGUGAGAGGAGACAGCAGCAAGCCCUGUAGAUGUCAGUUUGAACCAAAUUGACUGAUUAUCUCUCUUACACACACAAUCACCUGUGUUCAGUGUUUGCCCAAUGCCAUGUUAAUCUCCAAGGCAGAACUUCCAGAGGCACAAACAGCAGAGAGACAGGACUGGUAGAUGUGCUGACAAUAUUGUGUCUAUUCUUGGAUGGGGCAAAGUUAUUAAAUCUUGUAGGCCGUUUCAAAUAAUGUUAAAUAAUACCUUGUCUGCCAUAUAUUGUAGCUAGGCAAUAUUUUUUAAUACCAACAUUUUCUUUACGAGCAGGAACCCUUCUUAAAUAACACUCCCAAGAGAGUUCACGUUUCUGAGCACAAUGUGAAAAAAUGCUUUGUCAAAUACGUAGAUUGAUUUUACCGUGAUGAAGAUUGAGGAAUGCCAUUUUGUUGCCAUUGUUUUGUAUUCUACUUGAAACAGUGCUGUAUUAUUGACUGGAUAUAGUUUUGGGUGUCUUCGGUUAUGGACUAUUAAAUCUCCCAAAAAUGA